AUGUUCUACCAAAAAGCUGCAAAAUACUGGGAAAAUGUUCCCCCCACUGUGGACGGAGUACUCGGAGGUUUUGGAUAUAUAACGGACAUUGAUAUUGAAGGUUCUAAGGAAUUUCUCAAUGAAGUAUUAUCUAUAAACAAACCUCCUGCACGCAACCGAGCAUUAGAUUGUGGAGCCGGAAUCGGUAGAGUUAGCAAAAACCUUUUACUGCCAUAUUUUGAAAAGGUGGAUUUGGUAGAGCAAGAUGAAAAGUUUAUUAGCACGGCCAAACAAUUUAUCGGGGAUAAUUGCAAAUUGGGAACAUUGUAUCAGACUGGAUUACAACUCUUUAAACCGCAAGAAAAGUAUGACGUCAUCUGGUGCCAGUGGGUCCUUGGACAUCUGGAUGAUUAUGAUUUGAUAAACUUUUUAGAGAGAUGUAGAGAUGCACUUAACAAAAAUGGAAUUAUAGUGGUCAAAGAAAAUGUAUCAAAUAAAGAGUUGGAGUAUGAUGAUGUUGAUUCGUCUGUAACACGCCCAAGUAAUUUGAUGCUCAAAAUUUUUUAUGAAGCCAACUUGAAGGUGAUAAAAAUGAAAAUGCAAACUGGUUUCCCUAAUGAUAUCUAUCCAGUAUACAUGUUUGCAUUGAAAUCAAAACUCUAA